AUGGAAUUGGUGAAGUACGAGGCAGAAGCAUCAGGCUCCAGUGAGACCGACGACAAAGAAACGUUCACUCAUGAAAUAGACCGACACAAGGAUAUGGUUCAGAUAUCAGAGAAGGUCUACAAAAAGGCUCUUAAUGCUGUCACCAUUGAACGAGCACAGCAAAACAUUUCGGAUAUAUGUGCCACACAAGAAAGCACUGCCCUGGCAGGCAAGUCCAACGUGGAUGGGUCUGACACGACGGGACAGGAUAUCACAAAAGUCCACGCUAAACAUCGUAGCUUUGCAGUAGCGGGAGUGGCAAACAACUUUGACUUUGCGUCGUUUGCUAGAAGAAGAUGA